AUGUCUCAGUUUGCACAGGUCAUGGCUGAAGUGGGCGACUUUGGUCGCUUCCAGGUACAGGUGGCCAUCCUGAUGGGCAUCCCCAAUUUCCUGUCUGCGUUCUUCGUGUUUGGUCAGGUCUUCAUGGUCCUUGAUGAGGCGCACCACUGCUCAGUGUCCUGGGUCAAGAACCACACUUUCAACCUCAGCGCUGCUGAGCAGCUGGCUGUAAGCAUACCCAACGACACGGCAGGCAGGCCUGAGUCCUGCCUCAUGUUCCGGCCACCUCCUGACAGCGCCAGCCUGGAAGACAUCCUCAGUCACCGCUUCAACGAGACACAGGCCUGCGACUCAGGCUGGGACUAUCCUGAGAACAGGCCUCGGUCCUUAAAGAAUGAGUUUGACCUGGUGUGUGAACGGAAGACCCUGAAGAGGACCUCCCAGUCAGUGUUCAUGGCUGGGCUCUUGGUUGGGGCCCUCGUCUUCGGACCCAUCUGUGACUGGAUUGGUCGCAGACCCUCUCUUCUAGUGCAGCUGCUUCUGUCAGGCGUCACAGGUCUUGCCACAGCCUUUGUGUCCACUUUUGAGCUCUAUCUGACCCUACGCUUUGUACUGGCUGUUGCUGUUGCUGGGUAUUUACUAAGCACCAAUGUCCUGCUUUCCGAGUGGGUGGGGCCAUCCAGGAGAACACAAGCCAUGGUCCUGGCCCAGAGCAACUUUGCCCUUGGGCUGAUGGUGCUAGCAGGACUGGCCUAUGGUGUCCGCAACUGGAGACUCCUUCAGAUAAUAGGCACCACACCAGUAUUCCUGCUCGUCUUCUACUUCUGGGUUCUGCCAGAAUCCCCGAGGUGGCUCCUCUCCCAAGGAAGGACAGAGGAAGCCAAACAACUGGUGCAGAAGGCAGCCUUGGUGAACAGGCGGCCAAUUCCUCCAGAACUCCUGAACAAGCUGGUCUCUGAGAAGGCAGGCCCCUCGGGGAAUGCUUUGGAUCUUUUCAAACACCCUCAUCUCAGGAAGAUGACCCUGAUUCUCAUUGCUGUCUGGUUUGUGGACAGUAUGGUGUAUUAUGGCCUCAGUUUCCAAGUGGGGGACUUUGGCCUGGACAUCUACCUGACACAGCUAAUAUUUGGAGUAGUGGAAGUGCCUGCCCGCCUUUCUAGCAUCCUCAUAAUGGAGAAGCUGGGUCGGAAGUGGAGCCUGUUAGGUGCUCUGAUGCUGGCUGGUGUCAUGUGCAUCAUCAUUAUCUUCAUCCCAGGAGAUCUUCCCACGGUGGUCACCGUGCUGGCCGUGGUGGGGAAGUUUGCCUCGUCUGCUGCCUUCACCAUUUCUUACGUGUACACUGCUGAGCUCUUCCCCACCAUCAUCAGGCAAACAGGCAUGGGGCUGGUGAGCAUUUUCUCCAGGAUCAGUGGCAUCCUCACACCACUCCUGAUGUUGCUGGAGCAGUACCACAGGGCACUGCCCAUGAUCAUCUUCGGCAGCCUCCCCAUCGGAGCAGGCCUACUGUGUGCUCUGCUGCCUGAGACACGGGGCCAGACCCUGAAGGACACCCUCCAGGACCUGGAGCUGGGCUCCCCUGCAUGGUCCCACAAAACAGCACCCCAGAAAAACAAAACAGAACGGACUUCCAACGUGAGGGUGGCUGUUGUGAGCAGCUCAUACUUCUGACUACAGUCGCUAAGCACCAGCCAAUCAGAAACAGAACUGCCCACAUCAUUUUCUUGUUUGAUUGGGAUGCAUAGCACAUGAGAUCAGGCCAGC